AUGAUAGAACUAGCGUCUGGAGGCCUUGGCGGUUCAGCUGGAAUACUACUUGGAUAUCCGUUAGAUACAGUAAAGGCCAAUAUACAAACUGGGCAUAAGAUACGAUGGCACAAUAGUAGCUUCAAGAUACGAAGCCUUUACCGUGGUAUGACAUUGCCUUUAGGCAGUGCCGCGUUCUUGAAUGCUCUUAUGUUUGGAGGAUACGAAGGAGCACUACGCUACGCUGGAUACGAUGACAAACAACAUGUUCCUAUGACUACUGUAAGUUUCUAAACGUAGAACUACUAUAAACAGUACUAUUUACUAAUUUUACCUAAGAGUGUUUUUAUAUUACUGUGCUAUCUACAAUAAUCAAGCUACCUACAGUAGUACACCGUACUGUAGGUAAUUUUAGCCUCGACAGUUGGUACUCUUGCUCAGCUAGGCCCAGCCGUACCAAUCGAGACCAUUAAAACCAGACUGCAGGUAGUGUACCAGAACAAAGAAGGACCACUCAAGUGUACCAAAGACAUCGUACGACUUCAUGGAUUCAGAGGAUUCUACGCUGGAGGCAAAGUAAUGGCAUUAAGAGAUCUGAUCGGCUACGCUUUCUACAUUCCUGUGUAUGAAGCGACAAAGAAACUAGUACACAACUACUGCAAUUUUGGUACUGUACUUCAACAGGUAAUUAAGACACGACUAUUACCUUCAUACGGUCAUAUAAAAUAUACUUUUGUCAGUAAGAAUAUUCAAAUUUUAAAAAUAUUUUUGAAUUUUAAUAUUGUUUUAGAUCCUCUCUGGAGGAAUAUCUGGCUCACUAGCUUGGCUAGUCAUUUGUCCAUUAGAAUUGAUAAAGAACCGAACUCAAUGUGACCCGAAACUAACUACAGUAAGUGUUGUACACAACGUACUCAAGACUUCUGGAGUCCGCGGAUUCUUCAAAGGAGGCCUUAUUCUCACCCUCAGGGCAUUUCCUGUCAAUGCCAUUACUUUUCUCGUCUACGAACACACAUUACAGCAGUUUAAACAAAAUAAACAGUAA